AUGGUCUCUUCCCUGGCUCUGACUGCCUUCGCUGUUGCCUCUGCUUUCACUGCCAGCACUGUGCAGCUGGGCGAUCCGCAACAAAUUGACGCGCGGUUUGCGACGAGAAACGUCGAAGCUGUCUUCGUCGGCAACGAAGAUCUUCAAAAUGGCAGGUUUGGUGCGUACUCGGCCAACCAAAUUGUCGACCGUGUGCGUACGUACCUGUGUAGGCCGUGGACACUUGCAAACGUGUGCAACAACAUCGGAGUCACCAUCUACCCGUUCUUCACUCAGGGCUCACAGCCUUCUAUCGAGAAGCUCCAGGCGCAAUGGGACCAAAUGGUAUCCCAAUUCGGCUCAGGAAAGCUCCACCUCGCCGGGACUGCUUUCCCGUCCGCCGGUGAAUCUUACGCUGGAAAUGUCCCUUCGAUCGGUGCCAUGACACCGUACUGA